CAACAACAACAACAACAGCAAGGCGAGCAGUCAACGAAAAAGCCCCCCGUUGUCAUUGAAGAAAGAACACAAGAACAUAAUUAUGGUGAGCCUCCCUUAUUCGAUGACAAAAUAGCCACUAUUAAAUCGGUCAAACCUAUCGUGGUGAUGCAACCGAGCUCUCUGCAAGAUCCUGCUAUUGUCCCUGCCGCAGACAUUCCAGAAGCAAGACAACAAGCUAUCAAAGCGGGAGUAUUACCACUCAACAGUCCGAACACGACGACCGAUACGACGCCUGAUUCGCCCACGAGUACCACAACUUCAUCCGCCUCAAAAACUCCCUCUAUGAAAACAGCAACCAUGUCUUCGCCUACAGCAACAGAAGAGCCACAGGAAGACCCAUGGACUGUUGUGUUACGUAAAAAUACCUCGGCCACCGAUGAUCUUGUUCUUCACAUACCUACCAGAGAAGCUGAUUUCCUCACAGUCGCAGAAUUGAAAAGCCAAGUGAAAAAGGAACUGAACAUUCCAACGGAUAUCAAAUUGAUUCAUAUGGGACGUAUUUUGGUAAACGAUCAUAAACUGAUGCCUGCUAAUCAAGACCUGCACAAUACAAAGUAUGUCAAGGUGUCUGAUCAUGGUGUUAUCCAAGUGAUGGCGAUGAACCAACACUAAUACUUGUGGGGGUUUUUUUUUAUCUAUUUUUGACUUACUCUCUUACACCUACUUUUAUACUCUCUUAUUCUUUUAAUAACUAAUGAUUCUAUAACGAUGCUCUUGACCACUCUUUUUGUAUAUUUAUUAUCCCCCAUGGAUUGAUUUUUAUGCGGGCGGAAAAUUAUCUUUCAUCACAUCCCCCUCUCCCUCCCCCACUCCCGCAAUAGCACUACCAAUAGGAAGUUUCAAUAAAAACCAGAAUUGCCUCAAGAUAUGCACAUCCAGAUCUGGCA